CUGGAUUGACUGGUCAUCGGUUCUAAACCAUCCCGUAAAGUAUUGUAUACUGUAUAAGUUUCCUUGUCGAUGAAGGAAUGGUAUCACUCCUUCUGAUACAUCCUCCAUUGUUCCACCCAUGGGUAGCAUUGACAUGGUAAAUGAGACUGGUCGCUGAUCGGCGAGGGUCUGAGAACUGAGGGAGUUGUUGAUGAAGGUGAAUCUUUUCUCCCAGUCGCCUUCAGCGAUGGAGGAGGUGACGAAGUCAGACUUUACUUUAAAGGAGGAGCCAUGGGUGAAGUCCUGGGUGCGGUCGAGGAAGUCUUUGGUUUGGUUCAGGCCGUUGCGGACCACAAGGGCUCCAGCCAGUUGUUCUGCUUGCACUGUCUGGGGGCGAUGCGGAGAUCGGGGAAGCUGGUGGCCAUGAUGUUGGUGAGGGUGCUGCAGUUACAGAGGAAGAGGGCGGUGAACUGGAGUCUGAUGGCGGUGGUGCCUAGGUUGUUCAUUGAGACGGUUGCGGUGACUUGCAGGUUCAAGUUGUCGUCGAGAUUGGGAGCUACGUAUGAGAAUUGAUAAGAGAAUUCGAGACAUCUAAAAAUGAGGAUGUUGGCCAAGAUAUUGAUAAGAGAAUUCAAGCGCUAAAAAAGAAGAUAGCAUUGCAUUUGAUGUGAACACUGGAUGACUAAUAAUAGUCAAAGAAAGGGCUUUCGAAGAGAAAACUCCAAAUGGAGUUCAUAUAGAACCCAAAAUUCUUAAACGGAUCGAUGUUUAUAUAUAUGCGGGACUCACAUGCAAAGAGCUGAAGAACUGCACGGAGACGAGGCAGCGCGUGUUCAAAACAUAUAUAGGAGUGUGCCUAGUGAAAGACUUUAUAUUAUGAGAGUCUUUUCUCCGAGGAAAAAGGACACGCGGAGAGAUCGUGGGAAAAAAAGGUCUCGUCGGCGUAUGCGCCCCACGAAACCAUGAUGAGCUCCCUCCGAAGCAGCUUCCGAAGGUUACUUUCACAAACCAAACACCUAACUUCCCUCGUGAACCGAGGCCAUCACGAGCAGGCUCUCCUCUUCUUCUCCCAGAUGUUCUCCUCCCCCGACCUCACCCUCGACCCCUUCGCCUUCCCCCUUGCCCUCAAGUCCUCCGCGGCCCUCCGUCUACCCAACGCCGUAGCUUCGAUCCAUGCCCAUGCCACCAAGGCCGGCCUGCUCCCCAACCCGUUCGUUGCAUCCUCCCUGGUCGAUUCCCACGGCAAAUGUGCCGGCAUCGCCCACGCGCGUCAAGCGUUCGAUGAAUCUCCCCAACGGAACGUCGUCGUAUGGAACGCCAUGAUAGCCCUGUACUCCAGAUCGAGCGACACGCCUAGCGCGCUGGAGAUUUUUGAGGUGAUGGAUGUACAGCCCAACGCUUCGUCCUACAAUUCGAUAGUAGCUGCUCUCUCUGAGUCGGAGGAUGACGGGCCAUAUCGAGCACUUCACUUCUACAGGCGGAUGAGGGCGUCGGGUUUGGCUCCGAACCUAAUCACCGUCCUAGCCCUCUUGCCUAUUUGUGUCCGUCUUGGUGCAUUGAGUUUUAUCAAAGAGAUUCACGGGUUCGCGGUCAGAGGCCGUAUCUAUCCACACCCGCAACUAGGAAGUGGGUUCAUUGAAACUUAUGGACGGUGUGGUUGCUUGGUCUAUGCUCGCAGAAUUUUUGAUCUGAUGAAAGAUAAGGAUGUGGUGGUGUGGAGCUCCCUGGUUUCUGCAUAUGCGUUUCACGGCAAUGCUGAUAUUGCGAUGUCUGUUUUUAGAUGGAUGGAAACGGAAAAAGUGCAGCCUGACGGUAUCAUGUUUCUUGGCAUAUUGAAGGCGUGCAGCCAUUCAGGAUUCGCCGAUGAUGCUUUGAAAUAUUUCGACAUUAUGACUGAUAAAUAUGGUGUUGAAGCGAGCAGCGAUCACUACUCUUGUUUGGUUGAUGUUUUGAGCAGAGCAGGGAGGUUGAAGGAGGCAUAUGAGGUUCUAGACAGGAUGCCAGUGAAGGCAACUGCAAAGGCUUGGGGGGCUCUUCUUGGGGCUUGUAGGAGUCACGGAGAAGUGAGGCUCGCGGAGAUUGCAGGGAGAGUGCUGUUUGAGUUAGAGCCCGAGAAUGCGGGGAAUUAUGUAUUGCUGGCCGAAGCGCAUACUGAAGGCGGGAAGUUUGAGAGAGGCAGAGAGGUGAGAAGGGAGAUGGUGGAGAGAGGUUUGAAGAGAAGUCCUGGUGGGCAGUUGGGUAUAUAGUCAUUCAUGAUCCCGGAGCUGUGACAGGUGUGACUUAUAUAUA